GUGGUCGUAAACAUAUUGCCGCCACUGUAUUUCAACGUAAUUUUUUUUUGUUUUAAAACGAAACAUUCUUUUUUCAUUUCGGCACUUAUGUAUAUAAAUUUCUUCGAUUUUUUCAAUUCUUUAUAUGAGAAAAAUACCGACAGCCAGUCUUGUCCAUUGCUUUUUUUGCCUUUUUUUAUUCUAUAUCAUUCUUCUUUUUCCCCUCAUUUCCCACUUUUCUUUCCUCAAAAACACUCACCACCACCACCACCAAAAUAUUCAACAUGCACACACAUAAAAACCUCCUUUUUAUGA